GUUUCCUUGCAAAACUCAAAUUAAUGAUUAAGACACCUUGUAUUGUGAAAACAUGAGAUAUUGAGUGUGAUUGUGUGUGCAAUGUCACGAGUUUGUAUGAUUUAACUAUGAUAAUAAUCAAUAAUUUCAUAUUAAUAAAAAGACACAUUACUUAUGCUAUAUUUGAUUUGUAAAGUUUAUCUUUUGAUUCAUGAAAAUUUUGGGAAAAAAAAAUGUAAAGAAAAGAAAACAUAAAAUAAAAAUAAAGAAGAAGAAGAAGAAGAAGAAGAAUAAUGGGAGAAACAUAAAACAUAGAAUUAUAUUCAAUAAACUGCGGAUGGCGAAUUACAAAGUUGAAAAGUGGGGGAAGGGGGAAGGCUGAGUUUUGAGAAGAGAAAAAACAGAAUGGAUUUUCAGUGCUUGAACAGGAGUGUGUGGAAAGAGGCGCUCUCGUCCUAUUCAGCACGCAUAGUCUCUCUCAACAAACCACAACUGGUUUCGCUCGAUGAUUUCUAUUGCAAUCAGCUCCCCGCCCUCAUCCGCCAGCGAAACCCUAAUCCUUACAUCACCACAUCCGAGCUCUCCAAGCUCAUGCAGUGGAAGCUCACCCGUGGCAAAUGGAGGCCGCGUCUAUUGGACUUCGUUUCGUCCUUGGACGAAGCCCUUGUAAAGUCUGCUUCUCAGAAGGCUUUUCAAUCACUUCCUGACAUCUCUAAGGCUAUUUCUGAGCUCACUGUCCUCAAAGGGGUCGGUCCCGCCACUGCGUCCGCCCUUCUCGCUGCUUACGCACCUGAUGUUGCGCCCUUCAUGUCUGAUGAGGCUAUGGUCGCGGCUCUUGGCAACUCCAAAGAUUAUACAUUGAAGCAGUAUCUAGUAUUUGCUGAUAAACUACAGAACAAAGCCAGGGAAUUGAGUGUAGAGGGGGACUCCUACACUCCAUCAGAUGUAGAAAGGGCUUUGUGGAGUUCUGCUGUUGGGACCAAGUUGCUAGAUUCCCUACCAAAUUCAGAACCCAAAGUUAACACAAAGAGAAAGAGAAAACAAUGAAUCAAUGACAAACAAUUGACAGCAGUACUUGGAACUUUGCCCAGUAAGUUACAUAUAUCCUUUCUGAUUUGUUUAGGGCCUCAUUAUGCUUGGAUGAUAAUCCAUUAACUCAUGGCCGUGAGUUUGACCCCACCUUCUGGGUUGAAGAUUAUCGUUUUCAGCUUGGGUAAUAAUUUAAACCUUUUUCCCCUCUUUCUUUUGGGUCCUGUAAUGGUCUGAGUCUGAAAAAUAAAUUUCAUGCUUAAUUGUUGUGGUAGCAAAAUGGUAUGGUUUCUUUUCUGUGUAGUACCUCCUCUUAUAUUACUAAAUGGUAUGUUUCCUA